ACUUAUUUUAUAGUUUUCUAUGGUUGAAAAUUAUUUUAAUUCAAUGAAUUCAUGGAGCAGAAAUGAAGUUUUAUUUGAUCAUAUAAGAGAUAUAUGCAGUGUUAACAUAGCACUGAUCAGCAGCUGAGUUAUAAUGUGCAUGUUUUUCAGUUUUGACAAAAUUUCUUACGUGUUUCAUCAAAUGAAAUGGCAAAUUAUUUUAUGAUUUGAGGUUACAUAGUGUUAAACUCAAAUUCAAAAUGUUUGCAAACAUUGAAAUAGCUAUUUUAACUACGUUAUUUCAGAACAAAGUGGAACCAAUUCUUAUAUGAUACCAAAUAUUUUAGUACAUAAAUAAUGUGGAAAAAAAACAACUUUUGUUUUGUAAAAUUUGAUUUCUUUGUAAUGUUUUCAAAAAGAACCAGCAAAGCAUUAAACUGUAUGAAAAGAAAAUUUUGAAAGUGAUCCAUUCAUUGUGAAGCGAAGACAAAAAACCUGGAUACAAAUGACCUAAAGAUAACAAAAUAAGAUAUUUUUACUUUUUCUGGAGGAAUUACUUAUAAAAUGGAAGGAUAAUUAUUAAUGCAUUUUGCAUUUACAAUAGAGUUAGAAUGGAGAGAAUUGUGACAUUGAAACAUAACAAGCAUGCUGCUGAUUUCUUUGUGUUUGCUGAAUUUAUCUUCAAUAGAAUUUAUUUAACAAAUAUCAGUUAAACAAUUGAAUUGUGAAUAAAUCCUAAGUUUUGAAAUUUGAAAUUGAUAUUUUUUUCCAGCUUUAUUUAGAGAAAUAUUAUUACAAAAAAGUGGAAACACAAGUGAUACACUUAAAAAUAAAUGUCAGGAUUAGGAUUUAAACUGUAAUCUAGAUGAUAAACUUGGAUAUACUGUCACAAUAUCAAGAUGAAUUUGGUCAAUGAGUAGCAUGUAACUAGCUUGUCAAGUGUUUGGUUUUCUCUUCUGAUCUGCACAAACUUUGGAAGAAAUUAUUUAUGACACUUUGAAGAGGGGUUCUUCACAUUGAUCAGGAUCUCAGGCAUGCUUGAUUUUCAACUGCAUUCUGAAUAAACAUUGUAAGAAAGAGAUAGAGGAAAUAUUUUCUGUACCAGGAUACUGUAAUUGCUGUUCAUAUUUUGUAUAUGGAAGAAAAAACUGGCCCUGGACACAAUUUGUAAUUAUUCACAUAAUCAAUAGAUUUGAUCGAUUUGCAUUCUUGAAUUGAUUAGUUCAAGUUUUAUUGUGUAUUUCUGAAGUAAAGUUUAUCAUCAGAUCAAAGAGAACUGAAAUAAAUGACUAUAGAAUAGAGAUUAAUAUCUUACAACAAUAAGUUGAAAUAACUUCGAAAUCAUGUUUAAAUACUUCUUCAGGCCAUGUUAAUGAUUCUUAAACUCUCCCUGACUGACAAAUUAUAAUCAGUGUUUGAACACACUAUGUGGAUUUUAUGACCAUUAUUGACCUUUUUAAAAGAAAUAAACAUAAUUGACAAAUACUAGGUUAAGUGUUUUGGUGAAUAUUAAACAUGCUUAAGACGGAACAAGUCAGAACAGCGACAUACACGGCUCGCUUAGAUAAAUCAGCUGAUCAAACAGCAUUUGUAGGCAGUAAACGAAAACCUCAAUAUUUAGACGUUGCAUUAGCGAGAGGCAGUAAUGAUUUAAGUUUGAAAGAUGGGACAAAAAAUGUGAAAAUAAAGAAUGUGAAAAAAGAGAAAGAUGAUUUGGGAAUUAAAAGAGGAAGGAAUAAGGUUAACGUUUUAAGUGGAAAUAAUGUUAGUAAUGAUGUUCCGAAACUAAGCACAGGGGGAAAUAAAACAGCUAGAAAAACUAAGUUUGUAAGUGGUAACAUUUCUGUAGAAAAGCCAGCAACUUUUAGAGAAAAACAGAAAUUCGAAAGUGAGAAAAAUCAGAAAUUAUAUCAGCAGUUGGAUCACAUCCUUUCUGGAAAACAUGCAAUUCCAUACCCAACAGAAAGCAAAGAAUCUGGGUUGCCAUUGAAGGUUACAAAGAAAGAACAUAUUGCAAUUUUAACAAAAAACUCUCUAUAUCCUGCCAUUUCAAAAGAGGCUAGAGAAAAACAUGAUGACAGUUUGAGCUUCAGGGAAAGCAAUGUGCCAGCAAACAAAUUUCUAGGUACAGAAAGUGAGAUUCUUCAUAAAAGGGAAUUACAAGCUGAAGCAAGAUUAGAGAAAUUAGAAAAAAUUGAUGACUUUUCUGUUGGGGAUUUUACUGUUAAAUCACAUGUUCAUGUCAACAGCCCUAAAUCAGAAUUCACAAACAGAACACAGACAGUAACUGUUGGAAUACCAGUGCAUGCUGGGAACACUAUCAGCAGACGACAUAUUGUUGCUGACAUUCCUGUUUACCUCCCAUCAUUUGCAGGAGGAAACCAGCCAGUUCAACAAGUGGUCAAGGAAACAGGUCCUGCACCUAUUGAUAAAGUUUAUGAAAGCACAGUUCCAGGUGCUACAGGUAAACCAUUCCAGCAGGGAGCCCAUCCAACACAUCACGCUCCUGAAGCUUUCGUUGGUCCUGUGCCUGGAUUAGAUACAGUGAUUGCAGAGACACAAGGUGGUGCUCCAAUCUUAAACACUUACAGAUCAACUGGUAAUCCUAUCAGUGAAAGACUUCUCAAAGAACAGGCAGAACGUGAAAGGUCACUACUUGAGAAAAACUAUUUUGAUGUUGAUCCCAAAUCAAACAGAGAGAAUAAAGUGAAACAUCUGAAUGAAGAUGGUGAUAAGAAAAGUAUAGCUGGUACUCUUUUGUCAGACCAAGGACCAAGGAGAACAGACACUUUAACAGAUGGUGAUAAUACAAGAUUAACCUCUGAAGGUUAUUUUGCUGAGAAGGAGAGGCAGGCCAGGCUUGAAAAAGAGGCAAAAAUAUUGAAGAAAGCUGAUAUCAAAAAUGCUUUCACUGACCAGGAAUUGACAGGUCAAAAAUCAUCCAAAGCAGUGCCAACUAGAUUUGAUAAUCAAUAUCAAGUGGACUUUUAUGCUCAAAAGACAAGAUCAGAAAUAAGAAGUGUUAUGAAUUUUGACAGAGAAGACUCUUGGAUUAAAAGGCAGCUUGAGAAGCCUUCAAGGUCACCUGUUUCUCUUGGUACAUACAGAAGUCAGGAUAAUACAUAUAGAGCUAGAGGAUACGGUAAUGGAGCUUGGAGGGAAGAGCAAGAGACCUACAGAGGUGAUGGACAGACUACAUACAGAGGGGAUGGACGAGCAACAUACAGGCUAAAUGAUGAAGACAGAUAUAAAAACAGGUCUUACAAAUUACCUGACAAUAUUCAUGGAAGAGACAGGUAUAUUGAUCAAGUUGGUAAAAGGGAUUAUGAAAAAGAAUUUAAAUAUGAUCCAAGAUACGAACAAGAAAGAAGAGAUAAUGAAAGAGAUAAAGAUAGAAGAGAUUUUGAGGAAAGACACAGACAGGAAAGAGACCCAAGAAACAAUGGUAGGCUCGAAUAUGAAAGGGAAAGGAGAGUUGAUGAUAGAAAGGGAAGUUAUGAGAGAGGUCCUUUAACUUCAAGAUAUGAACCAGAUAGAAGGAACACUAGAAGAGAGGAAGGUGAAACUGCCAUGAAAGAAUCAAGAUUUGAUAGAGAGAGUUUUAAUCUAAGUGUGAAGGAGUCAAACAGAAGAGAUGACACAAAAUCUAACUCAAUCAGAACUACAGAAAGAGAUAAUUAUGGGAGACAAACUUCAGAUAAAGGAAAUAGCUCAUCAAGUAAAGAUGAAAAGGUGCAGUAUGUGAUAAGAAAUAAGAGUGGAAAUUCAAGAAGUGAAAUGAGAAAAUCAGACAUGUCAGUGAGGAGUGAACCAUUGCCUGAGAACAUUCCACCUUCUUCUACUGAACUUGUUAGAGAUAGGAGUCCAAAGUCUCAGUACAGCAAAAGGUCAUUUGAAUCUGAAAUGCAGACAAAAAGUUCACCACCAGCUUUUCAAAGACAAACUCCAACUGGUCAAGAAAAGUCAAAGGGAUCCAUGAAUGAACAUAAAGAAAAAGUAGGCAGGCUUCCAACAUAUGAAACAAAAGCAGAUAAAUCUGGGAGAAAGUCAACUGAUGACUUAAACAAGUAUUUUGAUGAACCAGAUAAGCCAGGGAGUCCAUCAAAUGUGAUACCAUUUUAUUCAGACAGUAUUAAUACAUAUUCCAGACCAAAGCAUGAUUUCAGGAAUGGUGAAAUGAUGACCCCAGUAGAAGAAAUGUCAGUAAAACAGUCAGAGGAGGAUGACAAGGAUGGUAAGUUAAGCAAAACAGAUAAAGACAGUGAAAAAAGCAAACCUAUUGAUUCUUAUGUAAAGAGUGACAGAAUCAAGUUUUUGUCUUCCACAGAAAACAAACAUGAAAUAGAGGAGGAUAGGAGAUCACCAUGGAGAAAAGGCAAAGAACAAUAUAAAGAUGGUAGGAGUCCUUCAUUGAAAGAUGAACCACCAAGACAUUUAAUUGGGAGCCAAGCUGAAAGUCCUGAUAUCACAAAAAUCAGAGGUCCUGAUUCAGUUGAACAAAUUAGGGAAAGGAUUAGAGAGAAAACAAUAGAAAAAAUAAGGGAGAAACAAGAAGAAAGAAGGAGAGAGAAGACCAUUGAUAGCCAAGGACCUACUGAUAACAAAGAUGACAUUAAUGCUUAUGAAGUUGAUGAAGCUGAUUUAAAUCUUGAUGAUGUUGUAACUGAAUUGGAUGAGAAAGAGUUAUAUGUAUGUUACCUGGUUACAGAUAAUGGUGAGAAGAUAGGACCAAUGAGGCUGGAUAUAAAUGAUGUACAAAUUGGAUUACCAAAUCCAGAAAAAAUGAAAGAUCUUCCAGAAGAGACAGGAGAAGUAGAAAAUGAAGGUAUGAGAAACAGGCAGACAGGUUCACACGGGUUGAAUGAAUUUUCUAGUCGCAGUCACAGUAUGCUUAUGUUAACUAUAGACUCAGAAAUGCAGGAUCCUGAUGAUGAAAAUCUUUACAUCACUAAAAGAGGAAAGCUCACUUUUGUUGACCUUGCAGGGAGUGAAAAAGUGAAGGAUUCCAACUCAACAGCAGACACGUUAGUGGAGUCAAACAGUAUCAAUAAAAGUCUUCUUGUACUAGGUAAUUGUAUAUCAUCGCUGGGAGAUCAGAAAAGAAGACAAGGCCAUAUCCCGUACAGAGACAGCAAACUAACAAAGCUCCUGGCGGAUAGUUUAGGUGGAAAUGGAGUCACUCUCAUGAUCUGCUGUAUUACACCGUCAUCAUACCACGCCCCUGAGACCAUGAACACACUCAGAUAUGCAAGCAGAGCCAAGAAAAUACGUACAAAACCAGUUAUUAAAAUGGAUCCGAGAGAAAAGUUAAUAUUGAGUCUGAAGAGGGAAAUCAAAGUACUGCGCAAUGAAAAUCACUAUCUUAGACAACAGACAGGUAUUCCUACAAAAGUUAAACCAAAACCUAAACCUAACAAUGAUGUUAAAAACCCUAAUGAUAAAAAGGAACCAGAUGCAGAAAAUCUAAAAAAGCCUAGUGAUGUUAUUAGAAACUAUGCAAAAAAUAAAGAGAAUUUGGAAUUUCCAGCGAAGCCACGAGGACAGCUACAGAAGGAGAAUGAUCAGAAAGUUAUGAAGAUAAUGAAGGAAACUAACGGUAAAUCUGACACUAACAAUACUGUCAGUAACAAUGAUGAGAAAAUGAGACAGGGUGGUAAUGGAGCAGAUGAGAGUGGUUUAUAUGAAAUGUUACAGGAAUAUAUGGUGGAGAAUGAAGCACUCAGGACAGAAAAUGCUGAAAUGCAGGUUAAUCGUGACAAAGUUCGACAGGACCAGCAACUCUUGUAUAGAGAUAAUGAAAAAUUAAUGAAACGUGUAGAUGAUCUUGAGCGGAGAUUAAACCAGGCAACAACAUCGUGGCAGUCAAUGCCAAGACAGGACUCACAUAGGUCUCGGGAUCACUCUCCGCGAGGUUCACCACAAUACAGAGGUGGUGGAAGUGGUGGAAAAGUUGUCCAGGCCAAAUUUGCUCAGCCCCCUGCUGACCUACCACUGCGGGACAACCCAGCUCUCCGGGACCCUAUAUAUCCUGGUUCUCCUCCUCAGGGUUACAACAGUCCAACCAGUAAUGGCAGGUCUAAGCCUUCACAGCAACCAGCAACAGCACCGAGGAGUCAGCCGCUGAAACCACCACACAGACUCGCAGAUCCUAUACAACAACAAAGGCCAGCAUAUGAACAAAAUGGGCCUCCGUAUAUGAAUGGCAAUCCUGGAAGUCACCCAGCGGGUCAUGGUUUUCCUGCGGGUCACCCGGCAAUGCAGCCUGGUCCCGGGCACCAUCCUGGUAUAGGCACACAGUACAGACAGCCCCAUAUAGGCAGUCCGAAUAGACCCAAUGGAAGUGGGAUGUAUUACAACUAUGAUUUACGUAUGGAUAGUCGUAAAUCAUCAACAUCUUCCAGUUCAGAUGCAAUACGUGAUAUGAAUGAAAAGUUAAAACAAGAACUGGCACAACUAGAUGGUCAGAUACAUCAUCACCACGUUUAUAAUCAACACAAAAAUACAUAUGGCUCUCAAGGCUCUAUGAGAUGAUGUCAGUUUGUUGAUUGACUGACAGCGAUUGAUGGACUGUGAUCAACAUUGUUAUCAUCACCAUUGUUACUUCAUGAAUAUAAAUAUGGCAUACAUCAUAUAUUGAACCAUUAUUCAACAAAGGUACAACAGUCUAGCUUGUUUGAUUGAAUGUUGAUGUGGUCUAGACCUUAGAGGAAUCAGCAAUGUUACAAGUUGUGAGAAAAGUCUUUAUAUAAAAUCCUUACAGUUUCAGCCUGAAAAGAGGAUUUUGUUCUGUAAAAGAGCUGCAUUAACAUUUCACUACAUUGUUAGGCUCAUGGUGCCCUAAUUGUUUUUCCACUUUCCAAUUGAAUGAUUUCUUUUGAUGUUAAGUCUGCAAAAAUCCCAAACUUUACAUUAUCAUUUGUAAGGGGUUGUUAACAACGGUUUCAGUAAGCCCUUCAUACAGAGUUAUUUCUGGUACAGGUGUAGGGAUGCAAGUAGAUCUGGAGGACUAUGUGCUACAGGUUCUAGGUUGAGCUGCUAAGUUACCUGACAGUCUCUGACACAUUAUACACAUAAAUAACUUUAUUUUCAAGUGUGCAGAUUGUAAGUCAGUUGUGAUAGAGAUUGUUUAGGUAUGCUGAAAACCUCUGCAAUAUAGAUAGAAAUUACUUCAUUGGUUAAGGUGUAACCAGUUUGAAAUAAAUCCAGUUUAUCUUAAAUUGUUCUCUUCUAAAGAUAGAACUUAUUUCAUCUUUAAAUGUCAGGCCAUCUUUUGUACAUUCUUGGUAUUCUGAAAAUGUAGUGACCAAUGAAAACACGUAGAACUGCAAAUGUUCAUACUAUAACUGAAUGCAGUCUAGAGAUCUUCUCGCUAUAAUGUUCAUACUGUAACUGAAUGCAGUCUAGAGAUCUUCUCGCUAUAAUGUUCAUACUGUAACUGAAUGCAGUCUAGAGAUCUUCUCGCUAUAAUGUUCAUACUGUAACUGAAUGCAGUCUAGAGAUCUUCUACGCUAUAAUGUUCAUA